AUGGCUUUGCUCGGCCCUGUGACUCACGCUCAGGUUUCAUUUCUUAUUGGAUUUGUAACCAUUGUGGUUGCAUGGGCUUAUUCUGAGUACUUAGCAUUUAAAAAGAAGUCCAUCUCUACUAAACUAAGGCACGUUGAUGUAGGAUUGAGUGAGGAAGAAAGUCAUAAUAUAAAAGAAGAUGACAAAGCUGUUUUAUUGGAAGGAAAUGUCAUUAAGUCCACUCCUUCAGGACCUACAAUUUCAUCAACCUUCUCAACUAUUAUUAGGUUCAUUACGUUGGAAGAAUCAUUCUUGAUAAAACAUCGAAUGCUACUCCGAGCAGCAUCUGAAUUUGGUCUUCUUUUAGCAUACUUCUACAUUUGUGAUCGCACUGACAUAUUUGGAACAUCAAAGAAGAGUUACAAUAGAGAUCUGUUCAUCUUCCUCCUCCUCCUUCUCAUCAUAGUUUCAACAGUAACUUCAUUCAAGAUUCAUCUUGAUAAAUCACCGUUUUCAGUUAAACCCAUUCUCUUCUUAAAUAGACAUCAAACUGAGGAAUGGAAAGGAUGGAUGCAGGUGAUUUUCUUGAUGUACCAUUACUUUGCUGCAAGAGAAAUUUACAACAUGGGUCGUGUAUGCGUUGCCUCAUAUAUCUGGAUGACGGGAUUCGGCAACUUUUCAUAUUACUAUGCUCGAAAAGACUUCAGCUUUUCUAGAUUUGCUCAGAUGAUGUGGCGGUUAAAUUUCUUGGUGGUUAUGUGUUGCAUUGUCCUUGACAACAGCUAUAUGCUAUACUACAUUUGCCCUUUACACACAUUUUAUUCUCUUGUAGUAUAUGGUCUUGUUGCCGUUUUGAAUAAGUACAAUGAGAGUAAAGGAGUGAUUGGUGUUAAAUUCUUUCUUUCCUUCUUGGUAAUUAUCAUUGUUUGGGAAAUUCCUGGAGUCUUUGAAGUCCUCUGGGAUCCAUUUACCUUCCUUCUAGGUUAUAAAGAUCCUAAUCGAUUGAAAGAAAACUUGCCUCUUAUGUAUGAGUGGCAUUUUCGAACGGGACUUGAUCGCUAUAUUUGGAUAUUAGGCAUGAUGUAUGCUUAUUAUUAUUCAACAAUGGAGAGGUGGAUUGAAAAGUUAGACGAAUUGAAACCAAAGGGCAGGAUACUGAUCAAAACAAUAAUUGUUAUGAUUUCGUUAACGGCAAUAUAUCUAUGGUUUGAGUAUGUAUUCAAAAUGGAUAGUCUUACUUACAACAAAUUCCAUCCUUACACUUCUUGGAUUCCCAUCACAGCCUACAUAUGCAUAAGGAAUGUUACUCAGAGUAGUCGUAGUUAUACUUUGACACUUUUUGGAUGGAUUGGAAAGAUUUCACUGGACACAUACAUUUGUCAGUUCCAUAUUUGGUUAAGAUCAAAUGCUCCGGAUGCACAGCCGAAGUUGUUGCUGACUAUCAUCCCAGAUUAUCCUUUAUUGAACUUCAUGCUCACCACUUCCAUUUUUAUGAUGAGUUCAUAUAGGAUAUCAGAGCUGACAAAUACAUUUAAAAUGGCAUUUAUACCAAGCAAGGACAGUAAACACAUAAUGUAUAACAUGAUUGCCGGUGCUACAUUUAUGGCUAUCUUAUACUCCUUCUCUUUUCUUUUCCUUAAACUCCCACAAUUCUUGGUUUGA